GCCACCUCGGGCCCUCGGGGGAAGGCUGGGAGGAGAUUGUGGGACUGUGUGUCCCCCGCUUGGCUGCCCCCUCCCCUCUUCUCCACUUGCGGAACCUAGACAGACACUAGACUGGGUGGAGAAGCGACGACACGAGGUUUUCUUGUUUGUUUUGAAAUGGUGGAGGAAAACCGUCAUGCCUCUUCUCAGUCCGAAGCUGUCAAAUAUCUUGUGGGGGGUGGGGUGGGGAGCUCCUCGCCCUUUUUCUAGUCUGCAAAGAGGAAACUGAGGCAGGAGUCAUGCUGGUCACGCGGGUAGUGGCGAGUGUAGGGGCUAGAAUCCAGAAGUUCUGACACAAGCCGGCCUCUUUCCUCCACACCAGCAGUCCCUUCUCUCCACCCCUGCUCUCGGCCUGCAAGCCCUUUGGGCCCAGCAUUGAUUUUAGGGAAAGCCCAGGGGGCAGAGAUUGAGGAGGGUUAGUGACCCGGGAGGGUUAGUGACCGGGAGUUUGGGCUUGGGCCAAGGCUCUCUGUCCCUAAACAGUCCAGGCUCUGGCCCUCAUGCCAUUCACCUCAUCGCUGUAUAUCCACAGACCCCAGAGCCAGGAGAACCCUGAACUCUAACCCUACAUCGCCCUGCCUGUAGGAGACCAGCCACCAUGGCGGAGCUGCAGGAGGUGCAGAUCACUGAGGAGAAGCCCCUGCUGCCAGGGCAGACGCCGGAGAUGGCCAAAGAGGCUGCGUUAGCUGCCCGAAUCCUCCUGGACCAGGGACAGACUCACUCAGUGGAGACACCUUACGGCUCAGUCAGUUUUACUGUCUAUGGCACCCCCAAGCCCAAACGCCCAGCGAUACUCACCUACCACGACGUGGGACUCAACUAUAAGACCUGCUUCCAGCCGCUGUUUCAAUUUGGGGAUAUGCAGGAAAUCAUUCAGAACUUCGUACGGGUUCAUGUGGAUGCCCCUGGAAUGGAAGAGGGGGCUCCUGUGUUCCCUUUGGGGUAUCAGUACCCAUCUCUGGACCAGCUUGCAGACAUGAUCCCUUGCAUCCUACAGUACUUAAAUUUCUCUGCCAUAAUCGGAGUUGGCGUGGGAGCUGGAGCCUACAUCCUGUCUCGAUACGCUCUGACCCACCCAGACACAGUGGAGGGCCUGGUCCUCAUCAACAUUGACCCCAAUGCCAAGGGCUGGAUGGAUUGGGCAGCCCACAAGUUAACUGGCCUCACCUCUUCCAUUCCGGAGAUGAUCCUCGGACACCUCUUCAGCCAGGAAGAGCUGUCUGGAAAUUCUGAGUUGGUACAAAAGUAUAGAAAUAUUGUCACACAUGCACCCAACCUGGAGAACAUUGAACUGUAUUGGAACAGCUACAACAACCGCCGAGACCUGAACUUUGAGCGUGGAGGUGAUAUCACCCUCAAGUGCCCUGUGAUGCUGGUGGUAGGAGACCAAGCACCUCAUGAAGAUGCCGUGGUGGAAUGUAACUCAAAACUGGACCCCACCCAGACCUCUUUCCUCAAGAUGGCUGACUCUGGAGGUCAACCCCAGUUGACUCAGCCUGGCAAGCUGACUGAAGCUUUCAAGUAUUUCCUGCAGGGCAUGGGCUACAUGGCCUCUUCCUGCAUGACUCGCCUAUCCCGGUCACGCACCGCCUCCCUGACCAGUGCAGCAUCCAUUGAUGGCAACCGCUCUCGCUCUCGCACCCUGUCCCAGAGCAGCGAGUCUGGGACUCUCCCUUCAGGGCCUCCGGGCCACACCAUGGAGGUCUCCUGCUGAAGGACCCUUGCUGUCCUGGUGUGGGACCCAACCCUCCCCUCCCUCAGAACUAACCUGGGAGGUGCCCGAGGGCACUGGGCCAGAGUGAGCAAGGGAAGACGGGCAGAUCACUGCGGGGAGACAACGUUGAUCUUUGAUUGCUACCCUAACCUUGACCUCUAACCUGUGAUUCCCCCUCUCCCCCCAGCUCCUGGGAGAGAAGCCCUACUAUUUCGUACAGAUCCAGACUCCUAAAUUGCACCCCUCUUGCAUUCUGGUGUACGUGAAGAGGGAGUACGCCCUCCCUGUUCCUGAGGUGUCCUUAGAUGAUGGACAAGGGCUGUUGUCCUUGUCCACGGUGCCUCCAUCACACUCUCCCUACCCAGCUCCUAUUUGCAAAGAGGAGAGACUUGGGUCUAGGGCUCUAUUCACCCAAGCGGAUGUGGCUUCUUAUUAACCCUUAGCCUUCUGAAGGGAGUGGGUCUGAGUGCAUGUGCACCAGGGGGAGGCUUGUUGGGGUAGUGGCCCUUGAGCGGUGACAGAAGAGCAUGCAGUCUAGGAAAAGGAAGUUAGACUCAGGUGGUGGGCAAAGGAAGACUACAGGGGAUGGGGGUGGGGGUGGGGAGGCCUGGAGGUAGGACACUAGAAAGGGGCCUGAGGCCUUUGGCUGUACUAACUUUGGUAGCUGUCAGUAUGUGUCUAGUGUGGGGUGGGGGAGGGAGCCAAGCUUGGGCCUGGCUGCUUGGGGCUUGGCAUAGGGGUAGGAAGGGCUGCCCUGGGUCACUGACCACACUGUGAUAUGUGUGGAGGGUGCCUUCCUAUCUCCCACAACUCCUGCUGUAACAAUAAACUGUAGAGGAAGCUGA